UGGGCCCAAUAUGGGUUAGGCCCGUUUUAUUGAUUCUGGAUCUCAAACCCAAAAGUUAAUUUCAUUGCUUUCUUGAGUAGGAAGUUGAGAUCGACGCUUUUUAAGACCAAAAGCACCGUCUCCACUCUCCAAAACCAUCGCGCACUCCCGUCGCCGCCGUCGACCACCGCAAGCGCCGUCACACUCCGCCGUUAAUUGAAAAAUGAGUCGAGGAAGUGGAGGUGGAUACGAUCGUCACAUCACUAUUUUCUCCCCCGAGGGGCGUCUUUUCCAAGUCGAGUAUGCUUUCAAGGCUGUUAAAGCUGCUGGAAUCACAUCAAUUGGUGUCCGAGGAAAGGAUUCAAUCUGUGUCGUUACUCAGAAGAAGGUUCCGGAUAAGCUUUUGGACCAGACAAGUGUUUCACACCUCUUUCCCAUCACAAAGUACCUUGGUUUAUUGGCAACUGGCAUGACUGCUGAUGCUAGGACGCUGGUUCAACAAGCAAGAAAUGAAGCAGCUGAGUUUCGCUUUACAUAUGGGUAUGAGAUGCCAGUGGACGUAUUGGCUAAAUGGAUUGCCGACAAAUCACAAGUUUAUACUCAACAUGCUUAUAUGAGACCACUUGGAGUAGUUGCUAUGGUUUUGGGCAUUGAUGAGGAAUAUGGACCUCAGCUUUACAAAUGUGAUCCAGCUGGUCAUUACUUUGGUCACAAGGCAACAAGUGCUGGAUUGAAAGACCAAGAGGCGAUUAAUUUCUUGGAAAAGAAAAUGAAAAAUGACCCAUCAUUUACAUACGAGGAGACGGUUCAGACUGCCAUUUCUGCCCUGCAAUCAGUUCUUCAGGAGGAUUUUAAGGCCACUGAGAUUGAGGUUGGAGUGGUGAGGAAAGAUAAUCCAGAAUUCAGAGUUUUAUCCACCGAGGAGAUUGAUGAGCACUUGACUGCAAUAAGUGAGCGUGACUAAGUUCUUGAUGAGGAGGAUGUAAUUGUUCAAGCUUUCAAAUGCUAGAUUAAAUUAUGUACUUGUUUUCUGGGAUCACAUUCACUGAAUUGAUUUGCUCAAGAUAUUUGAUUAGUAAGUUACCCAAGAAUGAUGUUGAAGAUGGAUGGAGGCUUGGGUCAACAUACGAAAGUCUUUUAUAGCGAUUUUUUUUAAUUUAAAAUCAAUGGGUAAGAUUUUUCCCCCCUUUCACUUA